GAGUCCGUAGCGCCAUCACGGCAGUUUCCAUGUUCGACAUGAUUGUACGGUGUGGUCAAUGGCUGACAAAGAAGGCGACAAUUGCCGGUAUUUAUCAGUGUUAAAGUAUCAGAAAGAAUUAAAAUACGUUGGUGCACAUACCGUCUAGAAUGACAGAUAGGAAACCGUGUAAAGUGUGCAAUUUCACACGACAAAAAUCAUAUGGGUUGGUAGUUCCCUCUCUCGAUGAGCUGAAGAUAAAAGGGGGUGAGUUUCUUGGGUUCAGCCCCAGUGAGCUGGUCACAGUGGUCCUGGAAGAUGAUGGGACAGUUGUAGAGGAUGACGUCUACUUUUUGUGUUUACCCUUAAACACAAAAUUCAUGCUGUUGCGUGAAAAGGACACUUGGUCUCCUGGUCGCAGGAUUGAUGGCGGCACAGCCUGGAUGGCCAGGGAUUCUAUGAUUCUGGAGACUGAUGCUGUGGACUCCUCUAGUGUUGCAGCACCAUGGUGGAACCUGGCUCAACAGCUAAAGCAGGACCUGGCCAGUAUUAUACUGAUGUCUGAGGCAGAUUUACAGGCUUUAGUGGAUGCCCCAUGCCCUGAGCUAGCUUCUGCUCUGGGUUUGCAAGAGAAGAAGGCCAAGGACCUCCAGGAGACACUGCAGAGGGUUUUGGAUCGGAGAGAGGAAGAGAGACAGUCCAAGGAGUUGCUUCAGCUCUACAUCAACACUGUGAACAAAGAGAACAGACAACAGCAGAAUCCAAGUCAUCACAGUCAGGGAGGGGCUGGCGACAUAGAUGUGCUGGAAGAAGUGGAGGUGGACUCUGCAUGUGGAUUCAUGUCCAGAACACUGAGGGUCCUUAAAGGCAAAACAAGCCCUGAGACCAGGCUCUCCACUGAGGAGCUGCAGAUGAUAGUGACCAAAGGGGUUGAAGCUAUGGAAGAGGUGCUGGGCUGGGACAGAGUGAGGACCUCAGCGCUGCUGCAGGCCUGUGAAACUGAACUGACAAGACGCCUCCAGCAAGUUCAGGCUGUGCAGUCCAUCAGGAGCAACACACGGCCAAGCAACCCCCGGCAGUCCAGUCAGAAGAGCACAGAGGAGGCCAAAGAAUAGCAACUAGGCUUCACCUGAGCAUAGACUGAUAAGAAUUCACACUACCUGCCUCAGGGUCAAUAGAACAAGUCUGUGUUACUUAUAAUGUCCAUAAUGCUGUAAUCCAUGAAUACUAAUAUAUGUUGACAUUUGCAUUGUUUUGUAAAACUUGCAAACCACUGGAAUGCUUUUGCCUCAAGACGAAGCAGAAUGAUUUGCACCAGUCGUCUUUAUUAAGGCAUGUUGACAUUGGCAUCACCUUUCUUUUGGCUCCUUAUUUUGAUCAUUUCUGUGCUGUGAAAAUAAACAGAUAUAAACAGCCA